AUUAUUUAUUUGUUAUUGUAUUGUUCUAGAUGAAUGUCUUUAAAAAGGGCAGUUGCCCUGUAAUUUCAAGGUGCACACGGUGCUGUAACCUGUAUCACUGUCCUUUUUGUGAGACGUACAAAACCACAUCACAACUGUCCAUUGAUUGCCAUGUAGAGAAUCAUCUAAAAUUGGCAGUACAUCAUGAUGGAAUUUCAACUUACUACAAAGUCUGCAGCAACUGCAGCAUGAUGUACAGGUACCAGGAAUUCACUGAUGGUAUCCAUAACUUCAAUGACCACCUUCUGCUUUCUCUACACUUGUGUCUGAUUUUUCGCAAUGCUCUUCAUAAUCACACUGCUGUUAGCAGAGUAAUGAGCAUACUUGAAGCCACUGCCAAAGCAAAAUUUCCCAGCAAAGACACAGUGCUCCAUGGUUACCUCCACUUUGAAGCCUUGAGCAGCCAUGACUAUUCUUACACAUGCAUCAAUUGUGGUUAUCACCCCAAAGUGGUGAUCAUGGAUCUCCACAAGAAAGGAGUCUUCAGUAUUCCUUUCAGUGAAAUAGCCACACCACCAUCAGAAUUCAAGGGUGAUACAAACAUUGUCUCUUUUUGGGAAUCCGUAACGAUGGAGAUGAUUGGCCGGGGAUUUCUUUCAAGUGAAAGUACGUCCCAGUUAUGA